AUUGGAGACAAUUCCGAAGUUAAUCUUACGCCGAUCCUUGUUGGUGAUAUUCCAGAAGCUCUUGCAGAACCGAAACUAGACAAAUUUGGAGAUAUAAAUAUUGAGUGGGUUCUACCUACUCAACGUAGAUUAGACCCAGACAAUCUACCUUUCCUUUGGAAGAUGAUGAAAAAGGAAUUUGGAUGCCGUUCAAUGCUCAACGAAGAUAUUGGAAGACUGGAUCUUGGAUUAUUUUGGUAUCCAUCGGAACAAUUCAUCCCUGGUUUUACCUUGCCUCCUGCGGAUCAUUUCUAUCGUGCUUAUUACACCGCUGUAUACAAAAAAUGGCAUUAUAGUCAGUGUAAAGAUGGUGGUCAGGUUCAGCGGCAUUAUGUGGAUCUGUGGCGUCGUUUCGCCAAUAAAUAUAAAGAUUUUUGUCAUAUGGGAUUCACCUUUAUGACAACGCUUUCUCAUGAGGACGGAUUCAUCCUUGAAGUCUUAGAUGAGCAAAUCUCGUCAAGCCUAGAGAAUCUUUAUUUUACAGGAGCGCUAGAUAACGGAGUCAGUAUCAUCAUGGGCGAUCAUGGUAAUCGGAUUGGAGCGCAGAUGCGGUCGUACACUGGUAGAAUUGAGGAGCGCAUGCCCCUAAUGGCUAUUCGGUUGCCACCUGAUUUCAAAAGAUUACAUCCGCAAGAAUACCUUAAUUUUAUGAAGAACAAGUGGAAAUUAACGAGAAUUCGUUUUGAAACAUGUCAGCGAGUACCUUUGAAUGGACGACUCCGAUUUAUACACCCGACAUCUAAAAAUAUGUUCUGGAACCUGCAUUUAUGA